AUGAAGGUCAGAAAGAAGCAGUCCAAGAGGACAUCUACGAGGAUGAGAGAGGGGAUCAAAAAGAAGGCCGCUGCCCAGCACAGAAAAGAGAGGAAACAUGCCAAAAAAGACGUUACAUGGAAAUCCAACAAGAAGAAGGAUCCUGGUAUUCCCGCCAACUUUCCUUACAAGAACAAGAUAUUGGAGGCCAUAGAAGUUCGUAGACAGCAGGACCUCGAGGAGAAGGAAAUCAAAAAGCAAAAUAGACUGGAAGCCAAGAGACGUGCGGCUGAAAAUGGCGAGGAACUGAUGGACGAUGACAGCGACGAUGACAGCGACGGCGGUAAUGGCUUGACAGCUCUUGUAGAAUCAGCGCAACAGGCUGCAGCUGAGUAUGAAGGUUCUGUUUCGGCACCAGACGCUAACGAUGAGGAAGAUCAAGAAGUGGUAGAAUACGAUAUCGAUUUCUUUGCGGAUAGCGAUAGCGCUGAUGAUGCCUCUGCUACUAGCGAGCUUGAUAGGUCCCGUAAGGCGUACGAUAAGAUUUUUAAGACUGUGGUGGAUGCAGCAGAUGUUAUAUUGUACGUUUUGGACGCGCGCGACCCUGAGGGUACACGUUCAAGGAAGGUAGAAGAAGCUGUGUUGCAAAAUCCUGGUAAGAGACUGCUUUUUAUUCUCAAUAAAGUUGACUUGAUCCCUCCUUUCGUGCUGGAGCAAUGGAUGACAUUUUUGAAAUCCAGUUUUCCAACAAUUCCAUUGAGAGCCGCUCCUGGUGCUACUAACGCUUCCUCCUUCAACAGGAAGUUGACGCAAGGCGGAACCGCAAAUGCCUUGAUCGAAUGCUUGAAGACGUAUGCCAACAACUCCAAGUUCAAGAGAUCCAUUGUGGUAGGCGUUAUUGGAUAUCCUAAUGUGGGAAAGUCCUCUGUCAUCAACGCUCUGACGUCUCGUCGGGGUGGCUCUAGCAAAGCUUGCCCUGUGGGGAACCAAGCUGGUGUCACCACGUCUCUCCGGGAGGUUAAAGUGGACAACAAAUUGAAGAUUCUCGAUUCUCCAGGUAUUUGUUUUCCCAGUGAAAAUAGCAAAAAAAGUAAGAAGGAACGGGAUGCCGAACUGGCCCUUCUCAGUGCUCUUCCGCAAAAGCAUAUCGUGGACUCUUAUCCAGCGGUCCUUAUGAUGGUUAAGAGGCUAUCAAAAUCUGAUGAGAUGACAGAGGCUUUCAAGCAGCUAUAUCAGCUUCCACCCAUUCCUGCUCCUGAUGCCGAUUCUUUCACCAAACAAUUUUUAAUUCACGUAGCACGCAAAAGAGGAAGAAUUGGUAAGGGAGGUGUUCCAAACCUCAACAGCGCUGGUUUAUCGGUACUAAAUGACUGGAGGGAUGGUAAGAUCCUAGCGUGGGUUCUACCUAACUCUUCCAAGGAAUCUUCCAAGUCGGCUGCAACUGCUGCGCAACCAAGUGCUUCCGGUAGUAGCAAGCCUUUGCAAAACGCUGAACAAGCAGCUAUUGUCAGCGAAUGGUCCAAGGAAUUUGAUCUCGACGGGUUAUUUGCAUCUUUGGACAGUGCUAUCGCGAGCGACCGUAAAUAA